CGACAAGAGGAGGUCGUUCGCGGGGGUGCUGUCGGUGUCUUCUUCGGUGCAGGGUUAUUGUGACGGGAAGUGGGCCGUCUCACAUCCUGCCGACUGGCACAAGCAAGGGAAUUGUUUCGGUGUCCAUUUUGAAGAACUUGUGACACGUGACAACACCACGCUCCGAACAUCCCCUGCUUCAAUUGACCAGUCACCCCUGCUUUCCCCGAAUCUCGAUCGCCUGUCUUGGUGCCUAUUGGCACGCUCUCAUGUGCCAUGUUCUACAAGGGAUGUGCACAUUUGCAACAGGCAAUGGCGGAUAGUAAUGUUAUUCGUGAUUACCAGCUGAUAAAUUCAUGGUUUGUCAACUGUGUAAGCGCAGAAGCCAGACUGAAAAAGGCGCUGACAUGUAUGUGUCAGGUUUGUCACACGUUCGGACCUCGGCUGCAUGCCUGUCUGAGCUGCAUCUAUUUUGGCUGCCUGAAACCCAAGCACAUCCACAAACAUGCCAGUGAAAGAAAUCACCCGCUAGCGCUGGACCUGACACACGGCUACGUCUACUGCUUCGAGUGCAACGACUACACCUACAACUGGACACUGCGCAAGAUCUGCCGGCGCAAUAAGGUGCUGGCGGCCAAGGCGCUGGGCAUCCCAGCCGACAACUCUUGGGAGCCGUGCCCCGAGGAGAUCGAGCUGCUCAAGUACCACACGGACAGACGCAAGGUCACUGCCAACUCCACCAUAGGUCUCCGCGGCAUGAUCAACCUGGGCAACACCUGCUUCAUGUCGACGAUCCUGCAGGCGCUCACGCACACGCCCAUGCUGCGCGACUACUUCCUCAGCGACAAGCACCUGUGCUUGGCACCGGACCCGGACCGCUGCCUGGCGUGCCAGAUCAACAGUCUUUUCCAACAGUUAUACGGCGGCCAGCGGACGGCGCUGGCCCCCACGCGUCUGCUGCACAUGAUCUGGACCAGCGCCAAACACCUGGCUGGAUACGAGCAGCAGGACGCUCACGAGUUCUUCAUGGCGAUCCUGGACCUGCUGCACCAGCAGAUGAAGCCGUUCCAGAAGCGCAGCGAAGAGGGCGGCGACGCCAACGGCUGUCGGUGCAUCAUCGACACCAUCUUUACGGGCGGCCUGCAGAGCGACGUGGUCUGCCUCAGCUGCAACAACGUGUCGACGACAAUCGAUCCCUUCUGGGACAUAUCGCUGGAUCUGACGCCUCUAGAGAUGAACCAGUCGUCUCCCACCACCCUGGAGGACUGCCUGGAGCAGUUCACCCGCCAGGAGCACCUGGGGAGCGCCGCCAAAAUCAAGUGCGCCACCUGCGACAGCUACCAGGAGUCUACCAAACAGCUGACCAUGAAGGAGCUGCCGAUCGUGGCCAGCUUCCACCUCAAGCGGUUCGAGCACACCAGCCGGCUCCGGAAGAAGAUAUCGACGGUGGUGCGCUUCCCGGAGGAGCUGGACAUGACGCCCUACCUCUCGCGCUGCCGCAACAACAACAACUUCCGCCCGGAGCGUGUGUUCAACAACAACCUGUACUCGCUGUACGCCGUGGUGAACCAUAUCGGCACCCUGGAGGCCGGCCACUACAUCGUGUACAUCCGGCAGCACCGCGACAACUGGUUCAAGUGUGACGACCAUGUCAUCACGCGGGCCACCCUGCGAGACGUGCUCAACAGUGAGGGGUACCUGCUGUUCUACCACAAACACCGGCUGGAGUACAGCUAUGAAUGAGUCUCCGGCAUGUGGGCUUCGAGCCGCGAGCUUUCGUCCUUCUUCUCCUCCGCCGCCGCCUCCGCCGCUGCGUGCGCGCCGGCCACACUUUGUACCAUUUGUUUGCGCAAACCAAUCAAAAAUCGUGUAAUUAAUUGUACUCUGCGUGUCUUGUGAUCUAUUUUAUGUGAUACGUGGUCGCUUGUCAGCGCUGGGGCGGGACAGGCAUACCGCUCCGGCUUGUCACGGGACUCGGCCUAUUCCAGCGUUGGUGGCGGUGUCCCCGACGGGAAGCCAGUUGGGCUAGGUGUUUGUGUCCACCUAGUUUGCGCCGAUCUGUGGUGGAAAUUGUGUUGCUGUACCUAUAGGGCAACGACCGUUGUUUUGCUUCAACACCUCAGGACACUAUAGUAUCAACUUCA